AUGAGCGAGCACGAGAACGAAAAACAAACCAGCAAUGUCGUGGUAGAUUCCGAGGGCUCUUCUCACGGUCAGGAAUUAAUUCAGGCUUACUGGUCGCCCGAGCAGGAGAAGAGGCUUGUUCGUCGGAUUGAUAUUGCGAUUAUGCCAUUGUUGAUUCUCGGAUUCGCUGUUCUACAAUUGGAUCGCUCAAAUAUCGGCAACGCCAUGACCGACAACUUUUUGAAAGAAGUUGGCAUUACUCAGUUCGAGUACAAUGUCGGCAACCAACUCAUGUACUUGGGUAUUGUGCUUUUUGAAAUACCUAGCAAUUUGGUCUUGUACAAGGUCGGUCCUGCUAUCUGGAUUGGGUUCCAAAUCGUCGCCUGGGGAUUGGUAGCUACAUUCCAGGCGUUUAUCAAGGGGCAUGGAUAUGGUCCAUACAUUGCAACACGGUUCCUUCUUGGAAUUUGCGAAUGCGGCUAUAUACCUGCUGGCCUAUACACUAUGACGCGAUUCUACAAAAAGGACGAAAUUAGCAAGCGGUUCGCCGUGUUCUUCUUGGGAAACAUGGUAGCCAACGCCGGAGCCGGACUUCUAGCCUUCGGAAUCCUAAGAAUGAGAGGGGUUGCAAAUCUCUCCGGUUGGCAGUGGCUCUUUCUUCUUGAAGGAAUGUUGACAAUUGUCAUCGCGGUUCUUUUCAUUACGCUAUUCCCUCGAUCGACUUCCAACCCGGUAUCUCUUGCCGGCCUGCGACAUUUCACCGAAGAGGAAGCCCACAUCAUCACACAACGAGUGCUGCUUGACGAUCCCACGAAGAAACAUGCGCAUACUCACGUCAGCCGAGAAGAAUUGAAGGCAGUUUUCACCAAUUGGAAACUCAUCGCCCAUGUCAUGACUACCCUCGGCAGUCUCUCUGCCAUUGCCUCUUUGGCGUCCUUUGGUCCCUCGAUCGUCGCGUCCUACGGUUACAAAGCUAUCGAAGCAAACGCCAUGAACUCAAUUGGCUACUGGAUCCUUAUCCCGGUUACUCUCUUUUGGGGCUGGGCCGCAGAUAAAUGGGGAAAGCGUGGGCCCAUGGUCAUGUUUGGCACUUUUAUCAGCUUCGUUUUUCUAAUUGCUCAGCGCUGUAUCGCUGAAACUGACAAGGUUACGGCCAAGUAUGCCAUCAUCACAGUCGUAUAUGCAUCCAGCUUCAACUGGCAUCCGAUCAACGGCUCUUGGAUGGCGCUAAACGCAAAGUCAGCUGGGGAACGGUCAAUAACUAUGGCGAUUCUCAUCAUGGCUGCUAAUGCGUCCGGAAUCGUAGGCGGCCAGAUUUUCCAGGCCAGUGAUGCACCCAACUAUAAGGUGGGCUGGUCAGUAUCAGUGGCCUUGUCAUGCAUAGGAUUUGUCUCUUCUGUCGUAGCGAAUGUGCAGUACUGGAACCUUAACCGCUUGAACAAGAAGAACGGAAACGCCGGUUUUGUGUAUCACCCAUAG